UGGAACCCCACGCCACCGCGCUACCUUUCCGCCAUCUUUCCGCCAUCAGCUCCGAUCCCAUGGCGGACGUGUCGGCGGGGCGGUUCCUGGCGGUGCGCUUGCGGCCGGGGCAGGAGCUGAAGGCGUCCUUGCUGGAGCUCAGCGCUGCCUUCAGCGCCUGCGCUGUGGUCACCUGCGUGGGCUCACUGCGCCAGGCCUCGCUUCGGCUCGCCAACGCAGACCGCCACCGGCCUGAUGAGGUGCGUCAUUUCGACGAGCUGCUGGAGAUCACUUCGCUGGUCGGCACCUUGGGUCAGGGCAAGGGGCAUCUCCACGUGUCCCUGGCGGACAAGGAUGGAAACUGCUUCGGCGGGCAUUUGCUCAGCGGCCAGAUCUUCACCACGGCGGAGAUUGUGCUGCUGGAGCUGCCGGACUUGAACUUCAGGCGAGACUAUGACGAGGCCACGGGCUUUGCAGAGCUCCAGGUGUCCCGGUCCAAGCUCUAGGUGAAACGCCCCGCUGCGAGAUGCUGGA